GGUUGGUGAGAAAGCACCCAUAGCAGCUAAUACUAUGGCAUAUACAAUGUCGUAAUGCCUGUCGGCUGUUUCUCAGCCAGGCUACGUUGCAGUGGCACCAAUCUUUCUCAACAGUCGUUCAAGUUUGGGGUAGAACGUUCCGAUCGAUCCCAAGAUGGAAGAAGUGACGGUCCGGCCCUUACGUUCAUGCCUCCGUAUCCGAGUCACAACAGAUUUUUUUGAAGUUGUACGGACUCAGUGCAGAGGUGGGGCCUACUAAUAGGCAAGUUCCUUUGCUGACUGGGAGCGAUCUCCUCGCUUACAUGCUUAGAGCUUACUAGAACGUUAUCCCAGUUUCUGCCGCUCCGAUUCACAGCAGUAUCUAACGUAUUCUACAACCAGAUCUACAUACGAGAAUCGUCCAUGCCUACUAAUCUAAAGGAGAUUCUUCUUGUCGGAUACGGUGCUGUAGGUGCCGUCUACGCACUAAUAUUGAAGAGAAGCGGACUUGCUCGUGUGACUGUUGUAGCGCGAAGCAACUACAAUGCUUGCAAAGCCGACGGAAUGCACUUCAGAAGCCAGAAAUACGGAAACAUCACCGGAUGGAGGCCUGAUAGAUUGUGCGCAUCCGUAGCUGAGGCAGCUGAUCAGGCAUACUCGCACGUUAUCCUCACAACCAAGGUGGUACCAGAGAUUCAAACUACACCCGAACUUCUAUCCCCGUUUUUAUCGUCGCCGUACUCGGAUAAGUUCUCCCAACCGAUUUAUGUUCUAAUGCAGAACGGACUUGGCAUUGAGACUGGUUUAUAUCGAACACUGAAAGGCCUACAACCGUCGGAAGAACCAAGAAUCAUUGGUACCUCUGUUUACAUUGGCACUCGUCUUGUAGAAAAGAAUAUCGUCGAGCAUAACUACUUCGAUCGGGUACAAAUGGGCAUAUGUCGUUCCACUCCAAACGUCGUGGCAAACACACCCGAAGAAAUCGCUAUCCUCACGCAGUUUGGCGAUAUACUUCAAGCAGGAGGAACCGACCUUAGCAUCGUGCCAGAGAUUCAACGCAUUAAGUUCGAGAAAAAUAUCUGGAACUGCGUUUUUGGUCCCGCGGCGGUUCUAGCACGGCAUUCCCUUCAAUCCUUCUUGAGACCUCCACAAAUAACUUCCGAAAGCCCUGACUUUGAUCCUUCCAUCUUACCGCAUGCAAAGAUCGGUGACUGCAUCAUACCAGCGACAUCUCCGAUUAUUGCGGAGAACACUAUUCCGUUCCUAUACGAAACGCUCAAAGAGGUAUGUGCGGUUGGGAACGCGCUCUUCCCUUCCACCGAAGGGGAGCCUGUGUUCAGUGACAAGACAGCUCAGGCUAUUUUGGAACGUACAUCCACUAUUUUUGUCAAGCCGACGAGUACAGAGAAACCUAGUAUUCUCGUUGAUGUGGAGUCCGGAAGACCAAUGGAGUUGGAAGUUAUAGUGGGGGAAGUCGUUCGGACGGGAAGGAGGCUCGGCGUAUCGAUCCCGGUGAGUUGUUCAUGUGGAGCGCAGCAGCCUAUAAGUGCAACGGCUGAGAGGCUAUGUUUCGUACAGCGGCUCGAGACGUUCUAUGCUAUGAUGGCUGUGACACAGACUCAACUACUACAAAUGAACAAAACGCCAUCCUAGAAUGUUCGUUUUCCUAGUGGUGUCCCCAAGUGCCAUACCCUACGUUAGACAAUCCAGUGAACAAGCCUCUAAGAAUGGGCGAAUGGGCAACAGUGAGAGACGUAAAAAAGCGUUACUCUACGUCUCAACGUGUGGGAUGGGUUCUGUCACUAUCGAACACGGCGUGCUUCAUAGGGAUCAAACAGUUUGUUGGAAUGAAUUAACACAGCCUAUUGUCCAAGGUCAGUGCUAAUGUUACAGAAAAUAGUACAAGAUGCAAUAUUAUAAGUUCUUCACCAUCAUUCAUACACACCUCACCAAUAUGUCUACGCUCGAGCCGGAAUCAUCAGGAACAAUCAUACCUCUUCCCACCUCUCGUCCUCAAUGGGUGUCCUCGCGCCACCAUCCACAUCUCCACCUUUCUGCCUUCUCCAAUCCCUUAUGCCCGCAUACACUCCUAAUGCAAACGCACAAGUACACGCUGCGAUAGUGAGUUUCAAACUAUCAGCAUAACAUGCCCUCCCUUCAAAGCACAUGGAAUGCGAUUCGGAAGGUGAUGAGGUAUGAGAUAUGGGAGAACGAGGUUCAGGUGUAGGAGCCCGGGAGUGUGCGUCGAAGAUUCGUCCGAAUGCUAUUGAGAGAAUGUUACUUCCGAUAACCGGUGCCAGGGACAUGAAGCCCCAGUUUUCCGAGAAGUGAGCUGGAGAGUAGCAUGGACCCGAAAUAAGUUUUGCGGACGUAGAUGGAGAUUGGAGGUUCGAAAUACGUACGUAGACCGAACCACUCAAUUGUAACAGCAGGAAACAAACCAAAUAGACUCCCAUAUGAAAGCCCAAGUAAGGCGCUAGCCUUCCAUAGCCCUGUAACGUCGUUCACAGCGAACGCGGUGGUUUGGGAUAUGACGAAAAGCAAUGCUACGAAGGAGAU